UAGCCCUAAGGUAUAACGCCCUUGCGGGGCCUUGGCAACCUUCACUCCGCAAAACAUGGCCAAGCAGGAAGCCGAUGGAUAUCUCUCAUGUUAACGAGGCUCUUGUGGCGAUUGAGAUUCGCUUUGAUACCGACUGUAAGGUGUGGAGUCACGGACAAGUCAUUCAAUCUCGAAUCGAUGGCAAGCCACCUUCAUCAUAGCCAACAUUGCAUCAAACUCCGGGGCUGCCGGGCGCGCGGGCCGCCAACCAAGGCAGCUGUUCUUUGUUGUGCUGGCGAGCAAGCAUCUCCAAUUUGUCUGAAUUAUGUACUGUAGGUAUUAGGGUGAAGAUGGGCGGAGAAAGCCAAUUAGACGUGUUUCGGCAACUGCGCUCACCUG